AUGGCAAUUUCAGAGUGGAAAAACAGAACAAUCAUCACGGAAUUCAUCCUUCUAGGAUUUGAAACAUCCCCUCCGUUUCAGAUUCUUCUCUUCCUGGUGUUUCUUUCCACCUACAUUAUUACUAUGGCUGGGAACAUCUUAUUAGUUGUACUAGUUGUGGCUGAUCAGCACCUUCACAAACCCAUGUACUACUUCCUAGGGAAUCUGUCUUUCUUGGAGAUUUUCUACAGUUCAACCAUCUCACUUAGGAUGUUGGCCAGCCUCAUAACUGGAGACAAAAGACUUUAUUUUAAUGGCUGUAUUGCACAGUUUUACUUCAUUGCUUCUCUGGUAUCUACUGAAUGCUAUUUGUUAUCUGUAAUGUCUUAUGAUCGCUACAUAGCCAUAUGCAAGCCUCUCAACUAUGCUAUCGUUAUGCAGGAUAGUGUUUGCUGCCAGCUGGCAAGUUUGUGUUGGCUAAGCGGAUUCCUAGCCAUUGCUAUCGUCAUUAUCUUCAUGAUGCAAAUAACUUUCUGUGGACCCAAUGAAAUCGAUAGCUUUUUCUGUGAUUUUGAACCACUGCUGAAUCUCUCCUGUAGUGACAUAGUUCUGCUGAAGGUUGUGGCUUUCUUAUGCUCCUUCACAUUUUCAUUGAUUCCAUUUCUCUUGACCCUGAUUUCCUACGUUUAUAUCGUUACCACCAUCCUAAAAAUCCCAUCCACCAUGGGAAAGCAAAAGGCCUUUUCUACUUGCUCUUCGCACCUUAUUGUUGUGACCCUAUAUUAUGGUACCCUAAUCGUUGUGUAUAUGAUACCAGAUACCCCAUCACUAAAAGAUACAAACAAAGUUUUCUCUUUGUUUUACACUGUCCUUACUCCUCUAAUCAACCCCCUCAUAUACAGCUUUCGAAACAAGGAGGUAAAGGAAUCCACACAGAGACUUUUCAGGAAAUGUUUGUCUCUUGUGGGCAUAUAG